AGAUGUGGGGGCCGCCGUGCCCGGCGGUGCGGAGCAUCCGUCCCUACCGGUCCAGCGAGCAGUACCUCUAUGCCAUGAAGGAGGACCUGGCCGAGUGGCUGAAGGAGCUCUAUGAGCUGGACAUCGAGGUGAGCACCUUCGUGGAGGUGCUGGAGACAGGCUCCGUGCUCUGCUCCCAUGCCAACAACAUCACCCACGUGGCAGAGGAGUUCUCCCGUGCCUGUCCCAGUGCAGCCCAGCACCUCCACCUGCCUGCAGCCGGGGUCGCCUGUAACCUGGCAGCACAGCCUGGCACGUUCCAGGCCAGGGACAACGUCUCCAACUUCAUUCAGUGGUGCAGGAAGGAGAUGGAUAUUAAAGACGUGCUGAUGUUCGAGACUGAGGACCUGGUGCUGAGGAAGAACGAGAAGAACUUUGUGCUGUGCCUGCUGGAGCUGGCUCGCCGCGCUGCCCGCUUCGGGGUGCGCGCCCCCACCCUCGUGCAGAUGGAGCAGGAGAUAGAGGAGGAGCUGCGGCAGGAGAUGGAGCUGCCACCUGCGGGCACCCCCCGGCCCCCCCGGAAAACACAGCACCUCCACAACCUGGACCAGAUGGUCCAGCACCUGGUGAGCCGCUGUACCUGCCCCGUCCAGUUCCCCAUGAUCAAGAUAUCCGAAGGGAAAUACCGUGUGGGUGACUCUGACACCCUCAUCUUUGUCCGGAUCCUGCGGGAGCACGUCAUGGUGCGGGUCGGGGGCGGCUGGGACACGCUGGAGCAUUACCUGGACAAGCACGACCCUUGCCGCUGCACCUCGCUCUCUCACAAACAAGCCCUGAAGAGCAGGAGCCUGCAGCAGCAAGUGCAGCACGAGAUCAGGCUGUGCCCAGCACCCAAGGGCCGUGGCCAGCCCCAGCCCACCGUGCUGGUCAGCCGCUCGCAGAGCCCCCUGCCCCCCGUUACAUGGGGGUCCCGAGUGCCCCCCGGCCUGAAUCCCCCUUCUCCGGAGGGCUCAGGUCACCCAGUGGGUGCCAGCGCCCGUCGGGAGCAGCCCCAGAGGGUCCCCUUCGGGCAGGACACGAGAGCCAUCAGCUCCCCCUUUGGGACGGCCACCGCCCCCAUCCAGGUCACCCGCUCGCCCCAGCUCUGCCUGCAGGCUGCCCAGCAGGGCACCCCCCCCUUCCCGUGUACCCCCCAGCACACAGGGCGGCGGGGGGGGGGCCCAGGGCACCGCAUGGGAGCACCCCAAUGAAGACCCCCAUGGCAGCAGCACGGGGCAGGCCCAGGGCACCCAGCACCCGGCUGGCACCAGCACCCCCAAAACCCACCCAGCAAGGGGGGAAUCCGUCCUUGGGGGCAGCCAGGCCGCAGGAAGGGGGGGGUCCCUGCUG